AUACUUAAAGAGCUUUCAGAGCUCCCCCUAGAGGAGCAGAGAGGAGCUGCAUGCGAAACACUCUGCUUUCAGCUAGCUAACUCCACCCGCCUGCUGCUCCGCAGCCAUAAAACAAGCACCUCUCUCACACACCAUUUACGACACACUGGUCUUUCAUUUCACUUCCUCUUCAGCCUGUUUGCUGAAGUCGACUUCCUCCUGCCUGCACUCGUCUGUCAGCACGCAAACGUGCAGCACUUUCUUCUGUGUUAGCGACACUCGGCAGGCCCGCUCGGGCCUUUGUAACCCCUCACUCACCUGCAGGAGCCACACUGGCAGCUUUGAUCUUUACAGGAGAAAAAAAAUCCAAAAGACAUGAAGCAGAGCCAGAAAACACAGCUACCCAUCACUGAGUGAACAUCGGGAGGAUAAGCAAGCUUCUCUGGCCUCAGAUCAGCAGUUUGGACCCGAUGGCAGCUCAGCAGGGAGCCGAAGAGCUGACUGAGGCGGACACGAUGACUCCAGAGGACUCGCCUGGCUGUUCUAGUUUAACCACGAAGGAGCUGCAGCAGAACUGGAGGGCGGUGAAGCAGCGAGAGCGACCCGUCCGGCUGCUCUUUGAGAUCCCCUCCACCCGCAUCGUCGAGCACGUGCUACACAAAUACGUGCUCUACCAGGUGGUGGUGAUGCGUUCCGGCAGCUUCGAUUCCCGCCGUGUUUCGGUGGAGCGUCGCUACAGCGACUUCUCCCGCUUCCACCACAAACUCCUGGAGGAGUUUGACGAGGAGCUGGAGGAGGUGCAGCUGCCCCGCAAGCUGCUCUCGGGGAACUUCUCCCCCGAGAGCAUCGGGGAGCGGCGCCUGGCACUGCAGGACUACCUGGCGAAGCUGUACGCCACGCGCUGCGUCAGACACUCCCCUUGCUUCUCGGCUUUCUUCACGGAGCAGGAGCAGCGGCGGGCGCAUGGCCUGCUCCGGGCGGGGCAGUUCCAGCCAGCCGCGGAGCUGCUGCAGACCGUGCUGGACAUCCAGGAGAAGCUGCUGCCAUGGCAGAAGCCCACCCUCCUCGUACCCGCCCUCGCCGCCCUCACUGUCUGUUACCGGGACCUGGACGAACCAGAGCAGGCGUUCUCCGCCGCUCAGAGAGCGAUGCCUCCGGUGAGGCGCUAUGGACUGACACGCUACAGAGCGCCGCUGCUGGAACUGCUGGUGGACCUAGGGUACCAGUUGGGCCGGCCGGUGGCUCAGCUGCAGGAUGAGCUGACCGCUCUGAGAGACGCCGAGCGGGGGGAGGCGUCCUCCCACUCCCUGAAGGAGGUAGUGAUCCAGGAGUUCCUCUGAGGGUGGAGCAGCCAGCCCUCUGUCCACACCUGGAUUAGCACCCCUGCACAGCCCCUGCCAGCUGUUGGGGGGUAACAGUUCACAGUGGGUCACAGUACCCAGAGUACUGCAGUACUGUCCUGCAAUAAAGUAUUUAAAAGUAA